AGACGCGUCUAAAUGUCGUCGCCUUCGAAUUUUGUCGUGGAAAUUAUUUUCACUUAAUUAGUGCGUCUGCGUGCGUGUGUGUGUGUUUACUUUUUAAUCGUUGUGUGUGUUCGUUCUUAAUUUAUUUUCGACACACCUACAUAAGUAGCAACCGGUAGAGAAAUGAAUCAUUUACGCGCGCAUAAAUUUAAACUGAGCGGUAAGGACAAUGUGGCUGACAACAACAGCAGCACCACCACCACAGACAAUGGCAAUAAUAACAAUAAUAGUGGGGGCAAAGGAUUCCUUACGCGCAUCAAACGUUACUCCACAUUGGGGAAUAAGCUGAGUCGCCGGCAUUUGGGAAGCGGCAGUCUGCCCAAAGGUGGAUCGCCGCCUAAACUGACGACCGGCAGCUAUAAUAUGACGGGCAGCAACUCGGAGGAUCAUCGUUUGGAGAUCGGCGCACCGAUACUGAUAUCAACCACCACCUUGGACACGGAUCGCUUUGGCGUCACUGAGGCACGUCUUAAACAGAUUGGCGGCGGUAUUGCGGUCAAUUCGACAAUUGUAAGGACAAUGACGCCGGCGCAAAGCGCUCAGAAUUCGCCACAGCCGCGCUCCUCGGGCAGCGAGCAUGAGGAGGAAUUUGUGGAUGCACUGAGCACCACACAGGAGGAAAGGGAAAAGGAGCGGGAGCGGGAGCGGCUGGAACAGCAGGCCGAGGCUUCGGAACAGUUUGAAACGCCCGCUCACAAACCACCAAAUACUCCGCCUCCUACACCUCCCACAACCCUGCCCCCAAUCGAUACCCUCGACGGCAGCGUAACGCAGCUGCUGGUCACCGCACCUGCCCGUCGACCGCGCUUUGGCAAACAACAACAAUCGCAAUCGGUGCAGAACCUUCAUCGUUCCGAGCUCAAAGUCUAUCUGCACAAGACGCCCAGCAUGGCGGCCGUGAAUAUGAACGCCACAGCACCCGAACUUGGACUCAAUCUGCCCGACUUGCCCGAGCUCUUUGGCAACAGUCUGGCCAGUUUGGCGGCCAGCGAUAACAAAGAGAAUGCGACUCCAACACCACAAUUGGAUUCACUGGAGACCACCACAAAGGUAACUGGAUUUCUCGCCCAGCAGGCGCACUUUAGAAGCAUCGACUUUGACGAUCUGCCACUGCCAGCAAUAUCAGCUACAGAAUCAGACUCACAUCGGUUGGGACAACGCUAUAGUGCUCGAUAUAGCAGUCAGGCCUCCUCGAUAGCCCAUCGAUCGGCGCACGAUUCGAAGCAGAGCCUAAAUAGCUGCCGUAGUCUAAGCAGCCAUGGUAGCGCCAUCGAUGAUUUCGAUCUCAAAUCGGUCAGCUAUCAGAGCCUUAAUGCUCAGAAUCUGUUCGUUUCGAUCGAUGAACUCAAUGAGAUCACACGUCAGAUCAAUGAGACGGAGGAUUUUAGUCGUGAAAUCGAUUUGGAAUACUGUACACAUCGGGAUCAGCUGAAACCGAGCGAACGACGCAUAACUUUGCUGAAAAACAAAAAUUCCCGUCUCAUUAGCUUUAAUCACAAUAAGGAGAAGUUGCGAAAGGGCUGGCACGGCAUGAAGCAUUGGAUUGGGGAGGAGAGUACACGUCUGAAGGAGGUUGUCAAGCAACAAACGCCACUCAAGCGAAUAGCGCAAUCGCGUCUCAAUCUCAAUCAGUCGCUUACUACAUCAGCAAGAAUAACAGAUCAACAAUCGGAAAGACAAUCGCUCUCUCCGGCACGCGUCACAUCGCAGGAGCGAGAGCUCAGCGAAAGUUUUGAGGAUGUUACGGAGCAUACAGAGAAUACAGAGGCAGAGGCACGCGACGAACUGGAAUCGUCGCUCUCCCAGCGCGGUAACAGCGAGGAGGACUUAUCGCCGCACGCGAAACGUUUCAAAGAUGAGGGGCAAAACGGAUUCGAAGAGCUUCGGCGCUAUGUAAAGCAAGGAGGCGACUUCAGCAAGGAGCUUAUACUGGUGCUCCAGGAGCGUGCCGACUCCGAGCUUAUAUACUCCAAGUCACUAUCCAAGAUGGCCAAUAAACUGAACAAAGCGUGUCGGGAGCUGCCCGGCAGUGUCGCUGACGCCUGGCGUGGUGUUGCUACUGAAAUGGAAAGCCGCAGCGACAUACACCGCCAGUUGGCUGCAUCACUAACAGAUGAGCUGGUCAAGCCACUCAAGACCAUUGUGGACAGUCAUCACAAGUCACGCAAAGCGGUGGAGGGCAACGUGGAUAAGGCAUCGCGUGUGCUCAGCGAAUGGCGUGUGAGCGAGGCGAAGGCCAAGAAGGCCUCCCACACGGCAGCACGUGAGAAUGAGAAGCUACAGGAUGCCAUGCUGGACGUGCGCAUACAGAAAUCGCCAUCGAUCGCUUUGCUCCAUCAAGGACCGAACAAACUGGCCGCCGAGAAGGAACUCAAAUCGGCCGAAAAGGAUUGCGUCAAGCUGGACAAUAAACGCAAGAAGGCCGAGGAGGCUGUCAAGCGUGCCGAUGUCGAGUAUUAUACAUUAUGUGUGCGUGCCGAGCGCGCUCGUGUGGAUUGGGAAAUGGCUGUGCUCCGCGGAUCUGCUCAGCUUCAGAACAGCGAACAACAGCGUCUGGCCAGCAUGCAGAAUUUCGUUCAGCAAUAUGCUCGUCUCACUGCCGACAUGAGUCCCAUACUGGGGGGCCUUGUGAAUGCUCUGCAGCCACAGCUGGAGGCCUGCAAUGUGGCCAAGGAUAUGCUGGUUGUGCGCAAUAUACGCCGCAACUCGGAGGGACCCAGCGAGCAGCUGCUGCCCGAUUUCUACUGCGAACACACCACGCUCGCCAUGAACAGAGAGAGGCGCAAACACGCCCUCAUCAAGCUGCUGCAAUUGGUUAAAACCGAUCUAGAGCGCGAACGACGCUCUCGCGAUGGAUUGCGCGGCUUAUCCCAGUCCUUGAACCAACAGGAACAUCAGAACAUCACCGAUAAAUUGUACCAUAUACGUUCGAUGCUGACUUACUUGGAGGGCGCUCGCCUGAAACUUCACUCGGCACUGCUCGAGUUGGAUCACAAGCCGCGCACAACCCAUCCGCUGGCUCAGCACAUACAGAUCACACGCGAUCGCAACGGACUUCAGCAGAGCAUAUUGAAGGUGCCGAAUUGGCUGAAGAACAAUGAUAAGACACAGGCGUCUUCGAUGCUCGACAAUGGCGAUGUUUCCCUUCAUGAUGAUCCUCAGUUCAACAACAACAAUAAUAAUAACAACAACAACAACAGCUCCUGCGCCAACAUCAGCGAGGCAUCGGGAGCACAGAAUCCGAUGCAGAUACAGCAGCAGACUCUGAAUCAGAAUCAGAAUCAGCAGCAAUCAUCGCUGCUGCUGAAGCAUUUCAAUCGCAGCAAAAGCAACAUAGAAACCUUCACCAGUCAACCAAAGAUAAUCUCGACGACGAACACAUCCUUGGCAACGGCCUCCAACAUACAUGCGAGCAAAUCGAAGACAGUGCCGGCAAUGUCGCACAGCGAUCGCGGCCAGGGGGAUGGCGGCUCCAAUCAGCAGGACUCCGAUUUCGAUGAGUUCAGCUCGGAGGAUGAGGACGAGGAUGAGGAGGAUGCACCCCAGACGCAUCCACAGUUGCAUCCACAACAACAACAACAGUCGCCAUUGCAAUCGCAGCCGCAACAUUUGGCCGUACAGCCACAAAAUUAUUAUCAGAAUGCGCAGGACUUACAGAAUGCAUCGAUCUGUUCGCAGGGGACAAGUGGAACCGGCACUAGCGCCCACUCUAAGGAUAGCGGCAGCAGCAAUGGCGGCCAAGUCCUCGGACGCUGCAAGGCCCUCUACAGCUAUACGCCAAAACUCUAUGACGAGCUGCAGCUACAGCCAGGGGAUGUGAUUGAGGUGCAUGCCAAACAGGACGAUGGCUGGUGGUUGGGGGCUCUGCGCAAUCAAAUCGGCAUCUUUCCGGCCACAUAUGUGGAGGAGUGUGCCUGAGUUCUCUCCGAUUAUUAUUAUAUACAUAUAUAUUAUGAGUGUGAAUGUUGGAAUGGAAUGGAAUGGAAUAUAUGUCUCUGUGGAAUAGAUGUGUAAACAAUAACUAUAUAAUGUAUGUUUAAGCAACCAUUUUGGCCUUUUGAAAAUGCUGAAAAAAAAAAAUAAGAAAUAUAUGUAUACCCGAUAUGAAGUGAAUGAAUGUAUUUAAAGAAUCAUUAUAUGUCUUCUAUUAAAAUAUAGUAUAUAUUUUUUUAAUUUGUUAUAGCGCUAUGGAAACUCCGUCAAGUUGAGUCAUUUAUUUUAUGCCCUCCACGUAAUCUUGACUAACAUUUUUUUUUAUAGAUAUACAAUUUAUAUUUUAUUGUUUAAAUUAAUAAACGUUUU